UCAUCCUGGCUGGGGACUUUUAUCUCGGCGCUUCAGGAAGGCGGGAGGAGGAGACACCAGGGGUGGUCCCGAGCGCCGGCGACUCCUUUCUGGGGCUCUAUAAAUUGAGCACCUGGGAUGGGUAGGGGGCCAACGCCACCACCGCCUGCAGUCACAGUCCGGUAUCACUGACCACAGCAGCACCCACAGGCACCGCCACCAGUAGCGAAAACGCUGAGCUACACAGCAGCAGGGGAUCUUGAGGCGAAAGAGGAGGUCAGGGCUCGAUCCACGGACCACGCGCUGCCAUCGAGAGCUUCCAGACGCCAAAGCCAGGAGGAGCCGGGAAUCCCGCAGCUCCGGCUGUAGCCAAGUUCCUGACGCGGGCUUCCAAGAGCUCGUGCGGGGGGGCGGGGGGUGCACCACCUCACCCUAGCCUGCCAUCCUGUGCCUCUGUGCUUUGGUGUCCUUGUGACCACCAUGAUGCAAAUCUGCGACACCUACAACCAGAAGCAUUCGCUCUUUAACGCCAUGAACCGCUUCAUAGGCGCGGUGAACAACAUGGACCAGACGGUGAUGGUGCCCAGCCUGCUGCGUGACGUGCCCCUGGCAGAUCCUGGGCUGGACAACGAUGUCGGUGUGGAGGUAGGCAGCAGUAGCAGCUGUCUGGAAGAGCGUACGCCCCCAGCUGCUGGCGAUGGCAGCAGCAACAGCAGCUUUUUCGCGCCCUCCCGGGACAUGUACAGCCACUACAUGCUGCUCAAGUCCAUCCGAAACGACAUCGAGUGGGGGGUUUUACACCAUCCGCCACAGCCGGCGGGGAGCGAGGAGGGCAGUACCUGGAAGUCUAAGGACAUCCUGGUGGACCUGAGCCACUUGGAGGGCGCAGACGCUGGCGAGGAGGACCUGGAACGGCAGUUUCACUACCACCUGCGCGGGCUGCACACUGUGCUGUCCAAACUCACGCGCAAAGCCAACAUCCUCACCAACAGAUACAAGCAGGAGAUAGGCUUCAGCAAUUGGGGCCACUGAGGAGGGAUGCCGGCGCCUGCCUACCCUUCUCGGCCCCAUUUUUCACCCUCUUCCCUGAAAGCUGUUUUCUUUCUGGCUAUAGGGCGCAAUGGGCCAACUGCAAAGUUGGGGGCUGAGUACUGAAGAGGGAGCAGCAGGGCUGAAUGGAGGAGGGGGCCUCUUUUAGGAGUAGAAAAAGGAACGUGGUGGCGAGAGAGGAGGGUGGCUUAAGGACCUCCUUGCCUUCCACGGGAUGGUGUUGGGGCUGUGUUCUGCCUUGGUGGUAAUGGAACUGGAUUGACGCCCUUGCAUUCAGCCUGUGCCUUUCCUGGAGUUUCUUUUCUGUUCUUUCCGGAGCGGGAGGGCUGAGAAGGGGCCAUGCCAGGGCGCGGCACUGGGUUGCCACACUUGGGAGCGCCGCCCAGAGGAGCUGGGCGCUGGGGAAGGCGGGGCACCCAGCAGUCUCCCGCCUCCCCGCGCUUGGGCUGGUGGAGGCCUCAGAGUUGCUAGGAUUGCAUCAGGUUUCCUGUUUGCACUGUUUCUUUUUGUAAUAGUGGCCCUUUCUUAAGUAUUUCGAAUCUCCUCCUUGCUCUGAAACUUUGGUGAUUUCAUUGUGAUAAGCGCACAAACAGCACUGUCUGUGGGUAACCGGUACUACUUUAUUAAUAAUUUUCUGUUACACAGUAUAGUUGUCCUGUGGCACUCUACCCAUGCCUUUCACGCCACCCCUCCCCCCUCCCUAAUGUGUGUAAGUUGGCACUGUGCCAGCUUGUACGAAGCUUGCCACUCAGCCAGUGGAAAUAAUAACAUUAUUAUGAGAAAGUGGACCUGUCCAAAAUGGAACCAACUGACAUUCUAUCAGUGCUGUACAUUGAAUGAUGAAGAGUUCCACUGUUGUUAUAUGUCUUAAAUUAAUUUAAAUUUUUUUAAUCCAAAUGUAGACUAUAUUCUAAAAAAUAAAAAGUCAAAUGUGUUAAUGAAACUUGA